UUGAGGAACAAGUCCUCGUUACAUGAGCCCUGUGCAGUCCGGAACUACAAAAGCCCAGAAGCAAAGACGAAUCUUGCCGUCGGCACGGUUCCAGCCCGCCAAAGAGAUUCCAGCGUGCCGCCAGCGUUCACGCCUCUCUCCCCUCCCCGCCAGCCAGCCAGCCGCCAGAGGAGGAGGAGGGGAAAGUGGAUCGACGAUGAUGUGGGGAAUAGCAGCCGCCGUGGCGUCCGCGGCCGCCGUCGCCGUGGCCUCCGGCGCGGAGCUCCUCGCGUGCGACCGCGCCCCGACGCCGCCGACCGCCGCCGCGGUCGUCGUCGGCAGAUGCGACGGGUUCCUCUUCCGACAGCGGGAAUCCUCGUCGUCGAGCGGCCGGGACGACAGGUUCGCGCCGAGGUUCGACGGGCUGCGGUUCGUCGAGACGCUCGUCACGGCGCACCGCUGAAAUCGCCGGAAGAUCGACCCGUCGGCCGGGCGGCUCCCAGCCGGCACUGUUCAUCAGGGGAUUCUUUCCUACCGCCCUCUUCAUGCGAUUCGCGACAAGAGGCUAGCUGCUACACGGUUAAUUCGGCGAUUGGUGGCCAAUAUGUUGCCAAAUUUUUGCUAGGACAAAAUUUGAGAUUUUUCGUUUCUUUCUUCUUCUUUUCCUAGUGAUGAUGGUCGUCCUGUUGUUGAGUGAUGCGGUUGAAUUGGAACCUUCAAGUGGCAUGUGAUGAUUGUAUGUGCUUGUGCUAGCAUUGGUUCUUUCCCUGAUUUGUUGUGCAAGCACGAUGUGCUAUGAUUUCA